GUGAUAACUAUUGUACUUGAUCCAGGCUGGCAUGUUACACGCUUAUCGCUUAGUUUCAGCUUGGCCAACUUGGUAUAAAACAUUGCUCGACGUGGUGGUCGGAGGCCAUUCUUUUCUUCGUCACAAAUCUAGUUGCCAAAUAAAAAUAGUUUUAAAAUGGAUGUUGGCAUUGAACACAUGAGCAGGUAUAUUAGUCCUGUUAACCCUGCAGUUUAUCCUCACCUCACAUUAAUUUUACUUGGAAUUGGAAUAUUUUUUACAGCAUGGUUUUUUGUAUAUGAAGUAACUUCCACGAAAUACACUCGAGACAUUUAUAAAGAAUUGUUGGUCGCUUUGUUUGCUGCGUUAUUUAUGGGCUUUGGAUCACUAUUUUUGUUAUUGUGGGUUGGAAUAUAUGUGUGACAUCAAAACUUUUAAAUAGAUUUUUCGUAACAUUUAACAUCAUCUAAUUCUUUCAA